GGCACCGGGACAGACACCGGCACCGGGACCAGCACCGGGACCGGCACCGGGACCGGCACCGGGGCCUCCCCGGCUCCGCUGCAGCGCCGGGAGGGCGCGGAGCCGCCGAGGAGGGAGCGCCGCUGCCCAGCCCCGAACCCAGCGGAGGAGGCGAAAAUGGGCCGCAAAAAAAUCCAGAUCAGCCGCAUUUUGGACCAGCGGAACCGGCAGGUGACCUUCACCAAGCGGAAAUUCGGGCUGAUGAAGAAGGCGUACGAGCUGAGCGUGCUGUGCGACUGCGAGAUCGCCCUGAUCAUCUUCAACAGCACCAACCGCCUGUUCCAGUACGCCAGCACCGACAUGGACAAGGUGCUGCUCAAGUACACCGAGUACAGCGAGCCCCACGAGAGCCGCACCAACUCCGACAUCCUCGAGACGCUGAAGCGCAAAGGGCUGGGGCUGGAGAGCCACGAGCUGGAGCUGGAGGAAGGCCCGGAGCCGCCCGGGGACAGGGGCAGGAGGCUCGGGGACGGCGUGGAUCUGUCCCUGGCGCGGCCCAGGUUUUAUGUGAGUCGCUGGGUCGCUGUCGCUGACCCCGUGUCCCGAAUGCGGGGCCCGGGCCCCUGUGUCCCAAGGCCGCCCGCGCCCGCGGGCUCCCUGUCCAUCCGACCGUGUGUCAGGCCCUCCCUGAGCGGCCCAACCACGGGCGUCGGUGCCCAGGCCUGCCCCAGCCUGAGCCGCGCCCUGGCCACCAAGACGCCGCCGCCGCUGUUCCUGGGCACCGAGGGCCGGCGCGGGGACAGCCAGGGCGGCCGGAGCGGCGGCACCGCCGCGCGGCCGCUGUUCCCCGCCCUGCAGCCGCUGAGCCCCGCGCUCAGCCCGGGCAGCUCCGGCCUCCCGAGCCACGGCCUCGCCGGCUUCCCCUUCCUCAGCCCGGCCCAGGCGGAUUUUGGGGCUGGCGAGGUCCCGGCGCCCCCCGGAUUCCUGCAGCCCCCCCCGGCCUGGCAGCACCCCCGGGACGUGGCAGCGCUGGGGGCCAGCGCUCGGAUCGUCCCCGCGGAGGAGCCGGCCGCUGUCGCUGUCCCCGGCGCGUCCCCGCAGCCCAUCAGCAUCAAGUCGGAGCGGGUGUCGCCGGGGCUGGGCUGUCCCCCGGGCACCCCCCAGCCCCCCCUGGCCACGCUGGCGCCCCUCAGCGAAGCCCCCCGAGCCCCCGGCGAGCUCCAGCCCCGCGAUGACUUCGCCAAGAGCUUCCCCCCGUACGCGCCGGGGCCGCCGCGGCCGCUGCCGGACGAGCCGGGGGUCGCUGUCCCCGCUGUCCCCGCUGUCCCCACGCGGAGGGGACAGCCCGUGGACGUUUGGCAGAGAUAGCGAGGCCGGCGGGGCGCGGGGAGG